GCGCCUGCGUAGUGUGUUGGUCGUGCUAGGAGGCGGAGCCUUUGACUAGCGCAAGUCCGGAUACAAGCGGUUUUAACCCUCCGCCUCCUUUCUUCACUGGUUGUAGCCGCCGAGACCGCCGUCCUACCGGCCCGCCGGUCUCCCCGGGAGAGAUAUGGCUCGAGGACAUCAGAAGAUUCAGUCACAGCAGAAAAACGCCAAGAAGCAAGCUGAAGCGAAGAAGAAACAGGGACACGACCAGAAAGCAGCCGCUAAAGCCGCUCUAGUCUACACCUGCCUCGUGUGUCGGACACAAAUGCCAGAUCCCAAAACCUUCAAGCAGCACUUUGAGAGCAAACAUCCGAAGGUUCCCCUCCCCCCGGAGCUGGUUGGUGUUGAAGCCUAGAAUAAAAGGGAAUGCCUUCACUGUACUGACUGUUCUCGGGUGGUUUAUCUGAAGGGGGCUCUAGAAACCACCACAUUUUUAUGCUGUUCCCUCCAUGGGGGGUUCAUACAGAGACCUCUAAAUGUACAGUUCUUUACUAAUUUGUAAAUCUCCAAGUUGGGCAAUUCUCAAAUUUUUACAGUUGUAAUUAUAUUGAUUUGAUGUCCAUAAUGUGUAUAAUUUGUUCAAUAAAAGUAGUACCUUGAUUUUAUAA